CAUGACGUAGAAAGAUGGAGGAAGAAAAAGAGGUCAAAGAAGAUGUAGUAAAGAAUGCGUUCACAUACCCUCUGGUUCGGUAUAGCGAGAUGAACGAAGAACUCCAAGCCGAAGUGGUCGAACUGUGCGUUACUGCUUGUGAAAAGUGGCACAGCGACAAUGAGAUGGCAGCAAGAAUGAUCAAAGAAGCUCUUGAUCAGAAAGCAUCGUCCGGAUGGCACGUUGUGAUUGGAGAAGGUUAUGGCUUCGAGGUCACACACGACGUACGAAGUCUGCUGUUCAUGUACUUCAAUGGAUCACUGGCAAUUCUGAUUUGGAAGGGAAUUGGCGCUCGUGCAUCAAAUCCAUCGCCUUCAAUGCGUAGUUCACCAACAAACGAAACAUGCCUUCACCUCCAAGGCUUGGUUGCAUGUUCCACUUUUCCGUUUCCCGGGAGACCAGCGCAGCGGAAGUUGACAUUCAAACUUCACUGUCAAAUCAUCGUUUGCUAUCCGCUGGCAUGUGUCCACCUUUCGCAUGAUUCUUCGAGGAACUCGGUCGACUGGCAUACGUGGCCGAGCCAGCGCAACCUAUGCAGUACGAUCAGUUCGUCUAUCGAGGUGCUCAAAAGAAAGAAUCUGGUGAGAUCGAAAGCCAGUCUUGCUUACGUAUGCCGAACCAUCGUUUGCCGAAGAGAGUGCUGUUUUCCGUGCCCAAUUCAGAGUGAUGUAAACAAAGAGGUGACCAACCCUUGA